AUGGCAAUUCGCAGAAUGCGUUUGGCAAAAAAUAGCAAAGAUCACAGUGCAAGUGGGCGGCCAACGGGUGUGCGUGGGCGGCGACCCUGGCGCAAGCUGCUGUACAUAAAACAGGAGUACCCGGAUGACUAUGUUGAUGAGACGUUUCUCAUGGAGCUGCAGAAGAACACCAACGUGAGGAUGUACGACUACUCGACAGUCGUCAUGCAGACGGCCGUAGUCACGCAGCACAUAUCGAGCAUCAUGGUGUUCAUCGCAGUGUUCAUCAGCCUGUACCGCGGCAGCCUCACAGGCCAGGUGCUCCUGUGGUGCUCGUCGGUAUCCACACUAUUCGGGUUUGUGUUCUGGGAUCUGCUGAACAUGUACCUGCGCACGCCCGAGCAGCGCAUAGUCCGGUUCAAGCUGAUCAAGGGCGCGGUGCUGUUUGCGCUGCUGCUCUUUGGCCUGUCGCCGAUCCUGCGCACGCUGACGGAAGAUACGAGCAGCGACACGAUCUGGGCAAUGACCGUCAUCUUUUUUUGCGUUAACCUGGCAUUCCACGACUACAGUACGGGCAAUCUGACCAACAUCCGUUUUCCGGGCAGUGUGUCUCUCAACGCCGCCGUAUUGGGCAGUGUGUUGCUGGCGUCGCAGCUGAAUAGCAACCUGAGCGUGUUUGCGUUUCUUGCGUUUGCGCUCAAGUGGUUUGCGCUGUUUCCGAUUUUCAGGCGGUACCUUAAGCGCAUUUCGGCGGCAGCGUCCAUGGCCAUGGCGAUUGUGCUUGCGUUGAUCGCAGCAGCGAUGUUCUUGUAUAUUUCGCGCGCUAUCGCCAUGCUGCACGUGUUCAUUACGCUGUUCAUUACGUUUGGCUGCCCACUGUGGCUGAUCUGGGUCCAGCGGUACAAGAACGAGAUGCACGGGCCCUGGGACGAGGCACGGCCGAUUGUCCACCACUACUACCUCUAAGCCCCACUGCCUUUUUAAUGUACUUGACAAUACCUAAUUAUCACAUAUAUUUGAGC